ACUACACAAUAAGUCAUCAAUAGCAAGAGUCUAGCUCAACUAAAGACGACUAUCGAUACGUACAAUUAGCUAUAGGAGGACGUCGACGGUGUCGCCCCCUCCACAGGAGAGAUAGAUAAUCAAUGGCUACUCCAGUGACAUUCCGAGAUGGCGUAUUCGCGGUGCUGCCAAUCCUGACACUUCUUGUAAGCCCCAUUUCCUGCUAUGAGAAUCCGAGGUCCGUGUCUCUUAGGAAUCGCACUACCACCAGCCGGUACACCUCAACGCCGGCCAGAGCCGCCGAUCGAUGGUACUCGGGCGGCGCGACGUGGUAUGGGAGCCCUUACGGCGCCGGCAGCGACGGCGGUGCGUGCGGCUAUCAAGGUACCGUCAGCCAGCGCCCGUUCUCGUCGAUGAUCGCCGCCGGCGGUCCUUCACUUUUCAAGAACGGCAAUGGCUGCGGCGCAUGCUAUCAGAUCAAGUGCGCCGGCAACAAAGCCUGUUCCGUUCGGCCAGUGACUGUUACCAUCACCGACUCCUGCCCUGGUGGCGUCUGCCUCGCCAGGACGGCGCACUUUGACAUGAGCGGCACUGCCUUCGGCGCCAUGGCCAACCGCGGCAUGGCCGACCGCCUCCGCGCCGCCGGAAUCCUCAAGAUCCAAUACAAGAGGGUGUCGUGCAACUACAAUAAUGGCGCCAUGGGAGGAAUUGCCUUCAAGGUGGACCGGGGCUCCAACCCGUUCUACCUCGCCGUGCUGAUCCAGUACCUGAACGGCGACGGUGACCUCGCCGCGGUGCACAUCAUGCAGCAGGGCGGCGCGUGGACGCCGAUGCAGCACUCGUGGGGCGCCAUGUGGCGCGCCAACUCCAACACCGGCAAGCCGCUGCGCGCCCCGUUCUCGGUCCGACUCAUCUCCGGCUCCGGCAAGGUGCUCGUCGUCAGGAACGCCAUCCCCGCCGGUUGGCGCGCCGGUAUGACAUACUGGUCAACGGUGAACUACGCCACCUAAUAAUAAGCCAUUGGUGUAGAGGGAUUAGGUUAAUGCUGCGGCAAUUGUCAAAGGCUCAAAGCAAUUGGUCACGCGAGCCGGCUUGUAAUUCCAGACAUUGUAAAUUUUCUCCCCCCCUGUAGGCGCCUAGCCGGUAUAUAUAUAUGGUCAUUUGCA